AUUAAUUACACACCCAGUGGGACUCGAACCCACAAUCGCUUGAUUAGAAGUCAAGCGCCUUAUCCAUUAGGCCAUGGGUGCUUGUUGCUUAUUUUAUUAAAUAGAAACUAUAUUACAAGAAUAAUUAUACAGUCAUAGUGGGCAUGAUUACUUGUUUGUUACUCGUCGUAAGAGAUGUGUUAAAGUGUUAUAAUGUCAAGAGCUUUUUCUUCCCGCUUAAACUUGGAGCUCGGCAAUAAGCUCAAGGGUUUGGUGUCGGGACAACUCCAUGAUGAAGCAUUGAGACUGUACAAGCUAAAUAUUCAUCCUUUAGGCACCAAUGGCUUCACAGCUAUUCUUCCUUCUGUCAUCAAAGCUUGCUCUUUUCAACAAGAGCCUUUCUUACUUGGCGCACAGCUUCAUUGCCUUUGUUUUAAGUCAGGCGCUGAUCGUGAUACAGUUGUUUCCAAUUCUCUCAUCUCUAUGUAUGCGAAACUUUCUAGAGCAUACGCUGCGCGUAAGGUGUUCGAUGAAAUGCUUCAAAGAGAUACUGUUAGCUAUUGUUCCAUCGUCAAUUGUUAUUGCCAGGAUGGGUUGUUGUCUGAAGCGAUGAAGUUGCUUAAGGAGAUGUAUUUUUAUGGUUUUGUUCCGAAGUCCGAGCUGGUUGCAUCUCUGUUGGCUCUCUGCACCCGCAUGGGAAGCAGCAGUAAGGUAGCAAGAAUGCUUCAUGCUCUUGUUCUUGUUGAUGAGAGGAUACAGGAAUCAGUUCUAUUAUCAACGGCAUUGCUUGAUAUGUACUUAAAGUUUGAUGAUCCUGCAGCGGCUUUCCAUGUGUUUGAUCAAAUGGAGCUGAAGAAUGAGGUCUCAUGGACUGCCAUGAUCUCCGGUUGUGUUGCUAAUUAUAAUUAUGAAGUGGGCAUUGAUUUUUUUCGAGCAAUGCAGAGAGAAAAUUUGAGGCCCAAUCGUGUCACACUGUUGUCUGUUUUACCUGCAUGUGUAGAAUUAGGAUAUGGCUUAAGGCUGGUGAAGGAGAUUCAUGGAUUUUCUUUUCGUCAUGGAUUCCAUUCUGACGAUCGGUUAAUAGCUGCUUUUAUGACCAUGUACUGCAGAUGUGGUAGUGUAAGUCUCUCUAGGCUACUUUUCGAAACAUCAAAAGUGAGAGAUGUUGUAAUGUGGAGUUCAAUGAUUAGCGGCUAUGCGGAGAAUGGAGAUUGCUCUGAAGCUAUGAAUCUGUUAAGUCAAAUGAGAAAAGAAGGAAGUGAACCCAACUCGGUUACUCUGUUGGCUGUUGUCUCAGCUUGCACCCAUUCAGCAUCGUUGAAAAUUGCAUCUACAGUCCAUUCUCAAAUCCUGAAAUGUGGCUUCAUGUCACAUAUCUUAUUGAGCAACGCCCUCAUAGAUAUGUAUGCAAAGUGUGGCAGUCUUCCUGCAGCGCGUGAAGUAUUUUAUGAACUUAAUGAGAAAGAUCUUGUGUCAUGGAGCUCAAUGAUUAACGCAUACGGUCUUCAUGGACAUGGUUCAGAAGCUUUAGAAAUCUUUAAAGGGAUGAUAAAAGCUGGACAUGAAGUAGAUGGAAUGGCAUUUCUUGCAGUUUUAUCGGCUUGCAACCAUGCGGGCCUGGUAGAAGAAGCUCAAACCAUAUUCACACAAGCUGGGAAAUACCACAUGCCAGUCACAUUGGAGCAUUAUUCUUGCUAUAUCAAUCUUCUUGGCAGGUUUGGAAAGAUUGACGAUGCCUUUGAGGUCACAAUAAAUAUGCCCAUGAAACCAAGUGCCAGAAUAUGGAGUUCUCUCCUAUCUGCUUGUGAGACUCAUGGCAGGCUUGAUGUUGCAUGUAAAAUUAUUGCAAACGAGCUAAUGAAAUCUGAACCUGACAAUCCAGCCAAUUAUGUAUUGCUUAGCAAGAUUCACACAGAAUCUGGUAACUGCGAUGCUGCAGAAGAAGUGUGGAAGUUUAUGCAAAGACGGCAACUGAACAAAUGCUACGGAUUUAGUAAAAUUGAACUCUGAAUUACAGAUUUUAGAUUACCAAGGAAAAUCGUGGCGUCCUAUAUGAAGAUUCUAUCUAAGGACAGUUCUCUUUUUGCAUUUCAAAAGCAGCAUCACUGAUGCAGAAUGUUCCAACUGAAGUAAGGAAUAGUUCGUAAAUAUUUGCUGAAUUUGAUUUACAAGAUUGUUAAUGUUACAUGGACACAGAUUCUAAUCCAUGCUUUUUGUUAUUGCAUGGACCUAUCUGAGGAUGCUAGUAUGAUCAUUUCACGAGUUUAUGACGUGUUCUGCUUUGCUACGUAAAUAUUUGAUGUUUUGUUGAUGUGAUACUACACUAAAUAUGGAUCUGAAAGAGAUACCAUAAAUGAAGCCUGCAAGUUCUGAAUCCCAAAGGAGGACACUAGCACACACUACCAUGCAAUAUCUUUUUUACUGAUAUUCAUUAUCAAUAUUGAUGAUUAUGGGAUUUGAGCAACUUAGAAAGCCAAAAGCACUGCCAAACUGGAAUCCAAACAGCUCACAGAGGCUUGGUUGAGGCUUUGCCAACAGAACUGAUAUACAGGAUUUUUUUUCCAUAAGCUUUGUGAGUUAUCCAGUUUCUGUGGCAUGAAAAUAAAGAGCUUGGACCUUUCAAGAGAAGCCCGGAAGAAAAUUGUAUUUGAGCUUUUUAUCAUCAACUGGCCUUGUGUAAUUGUGCUAAUUCAUGAUGUUCUUGAGGUGAAGGACUCGGUUCAUGAAUCGCGUCCUUCAUCUCAACAUCAUGAUGGAGUAGCUAUUAUAGAAUAUCAUUUCGAACCUGGGAUAGAUAGAAGUAUAUGUAUACAGUGUAGCCUAGCACAAGUAUAUGCUGGCAUAAUGUUGUUUAAUAUCCACAAGUUGAUUUCAA